UUGUUUACCUCCAGUACCACCAGCCUUCAUCAGUUUGGCAGUUGAUUUCGUUGAUACCGCGGUAAAUCGAACUAAAAUUUUGAAAGUUUUUUAAGUCGUUUGCUAUUUUAAAUACCGUGUAUCUAGUCCACAAAGGAUCCUAGUACAAAAUACCGAAAUGGGAACUAAAUGUGUGCCAACGUUGGACAUCGAGAUAAAUCUGGAUGUUAACACCGAGGAAUCCGGCUCGAAAGCGCUGCAAACAAUCAUUCAGGUUUUGCUGUUCCAGCGAAGCCAAAUUCCAUUUUGCUAUGAGAUUUUUCAAACUAUAGUGAAUAAGUUGAAAACGGAAUUAGCCGGAAUUGAUUCGUCUAAAUGGAAGAAUUACCAACUGGCCAAACAACGCGAAGUUGCCAUCAGUUUGUUGGGUGAUAUACAAGCACUGUUCAAGGAAGUAACGGAAAUUGUGAAACGAAGUGAUCAUGACAUCCGUGCUAUGGUUCUGUUCGGAUCAACGCUGUACACGGCAAAGGAAGCAUUCAUAAUCAACAUUCCCAUGGCAGACAAGAGACACUAUCCUCAGCAUCACCGACAACGGUUGGAGCCCGCUUUAAAGCACCUAACGAGACAACUGAUCCUGUCGGAGGAAUUACGACCGUCGGGUCGAUUUAUUGGCCCUACAAACAUAUUUAUGGUGCUGGGAAUGGCUGCCACGGGUGACCCGGGGAAACUUUCACCACAGAUCGAAUACAGAUUGCUAGACAACUAUCAGCUGCCGAUGAACUGCCAAAAAUACGUAAUAAAUGUAACCGUCCAAGGGGCAAAUGAGGAAAAGCUAGCUUGCUGUAGACAAAUGGAUAUUUUCAGCGAUUCUCUACAAGUGUUAAGCAUAGAUGACUCUCAGGAGGCUCCAGUUGAUCACAAGCAAAUCAAUGAAUUAGUAACGAGAGAAACGAUUUGGUACCAAGUAGGAAAGAGUCUAAAGGGAUUCAACGACGUUCUCAUCAAAGGGAAAUCGAUUUGGAACGAAGGCUUAUGAGUUGUUAGAUAUUGUGUAGGGUGCCACGUGAGCUGACAGUAUUGCGGAAAAAUAGCAAUGGGAUAAUCUCGAAGAUGCGUUAAAUUAAAUAAAUAAAUAUUUCAAUUAUCA